AUGAGUGGAUCACCUUAAGUUAGGAAACUAAACUUCGGCCCUUUAGUAAAGAUUAAGAAAUAAAUAAACUUACCUAAAAUAAGAAAGUAAGAAGAAUCGUUUUAGGCUGUUUUAAAUAUUUCUGAUUAUGAUCCAUAAUCUGCUAGAGACAGAUCGUUUAAUAAUAGAUCAUUUAGGAAAUUAGUUCACACAACUAAUAUAAAUUUAUCAACAGAUAAAAAAAUAUCAGAAGAAUAUGCAGUCUAUGGACUAUCAAAAUUAAAAAUUGAAAGAAAAGAGCAACCUUUUUAAAGUGAAAGAACAAUUUAGCAUCUAUAUUAUACGCAAUAGGAUGAAAAUACUAAUAGGGAUUGGUUUGAGAUUUGUUUAAAGUAACCACCACCUCAUGCCUAAGCACAAUUUUAUAAACAAUCUGAGAAGUAUAUUUUACAUCUAACCUUAGAUAAUAUGAAUGGUGUGAUGUUUAAAUUCUAGAUUACAAUGAAUAAUCGGAGAAAUUUUUAAUUCAAUAAUAUCCCAAAGGCCCCAAGAAACAAGUAGAUCGAUUGCAAAUCAAAUUCAAUAACUAAAAUCAAUAGUUUUUCGAAAGCAUGAUUUAAUAAGAGUAACGAAUUCUAUAGUAUAUAGGUAACUUUAGCUUCACGAGAAGUAAACUGAACUAGCUUAUGUUAACAAAAUCAUGGCUGUGGAUUCUAAAUUAGUUAAUUCCAUUUCUGAUAAAUUAAAAUCGAAACUUUUGAUUCGCUUCUAGAAGUAUAAAAAUUAGAAUCUAGUUAUGAACCUAAUUGCUUAAGUGGAGGAUAUGUAUCAAUAAAACAUGAAGAAAUGUGUGUAUUUGAAGGACUUGACGAAAUACAAAUAAAAGUUUGUGCCGAUCCCCAGAAUGAAGAUAUUUUAUACUUCAUAAUAACAACUAAAGAAGAGUCUCAUGUUUGUGAAUAAGGCUGUGAUAGAUUGUUGGUUAUAAAUGAUUCGAUUUAUGAAUAAUUUCUAAGUGAAUUUGUUUGAAUUUGAUAAAGUGCAUUUGCCUGUCUCUUGGGAAAAGUUUGAAUAGCUUAUUGAUGCCAAUAUGAAUAAAAUUGAAUAGCAAUUGAAAAAAUAAAGAUUCUUUAUUUAUGCUUAGAUCCAAGAGAACUUAUAGAACACAUUCAAUUUCUUCAACAUCACCAUGCCUGAAUAUGUGGCAAGUGAUCUCAAAAGCGUAGUCUAAAGAUUUGAUUUACAUUAUACUGAAUACCUGUAUAAGUUAUUGAGGGAUGAACAAUAGAAAAUAAUCAGAUUUUAUUAAAAGUUUCAAUUGGUUCAAUAGAAUGUCAGAUUGGUUGCAACUUCCUUAUUUCAAUUAAGAAUUGUUGGGAUGAAUAAAUCCAAAUUGGAAAAGUAUGAACAAACCAGGAACUCAAUCAAUGAUGAUUUGGAAUUGAUAACCUUGGAUACUUCUUUGAGUCAAGUGAUCAAUAUAGCAACAUAUCCAAACAGAAGUUUAUUCAAUAUCAUUUCUUAAUUGUAUAAAAUUGAAAGCGAAAUAGUUCCAUUGUUGAAGAUUCCCUAACAAUACUCAAUCGAAAGAGAAAACUUGGCUUUUUUUGAAGUCUUAAAGUAAGAAACCGCUGAUCUCAUUGAGAAGGAAUACUCUAAAUGUUAAUAGUUUUGCAAGAAGUUUCUGCCUUAUCAAUAUUUAUUGAUACCGAUGAAAACCAAAGCCAUUAAUAAAAUCUUUGGGAUCGAAGGGAAAGAGAAACCUACCUUACAUUAGAUUAGACUCUCUGUUAUUCGAGAAGCCUUGGACAAUCUGAGCAAAGCCUAAAGGGAAAUAAACUAUAACUUUAUUGAUACUUAGGUCAUUGGACUCUUUACUUUGAAUUCUAAGGAAAUAAAACAAAUUUUAAUAUAGCGAGCACAAGAAAACUAUUAAUUGAUUGUGUAAAAAUUAAUCGAAAUAAUUAAGCACAAUGUAACCAAUAUAAAAACACACUAUUAAGAAAUGUAUGCUAAAACUUCAACAGUUCCUUAAACAGAAGAAGAUCUAAUUGAAUUAAAGUUAUUUCUUGAUGAAAUUAAGAUACAAUUCUCUAAAUAAUUUCUAGAAAUUUCUUAAAUGUAAUUAUCAUCUAUAAUUCCUUAUUAGAAAGAAGUUUAUCAACUACUUGGAUGAGAUCUUUUAGGAGUACGAUUUGAUGUUAAUGAAAGAAUAUUACUACCUAUUGUAAUGGCCUAAGGAAAUUAAAAGAAGCAUUAAAACUAAUAGUCGACAGAUAGAAUCGAUUGAGAGACAAUUCUUCUAAAAACUAGAGCACGAUAAAGUUGAAUUCACAGAGAAGUUAUUUUAGAUGAAAGAAUAAUUCACGAAGAUUAAAGGAUUCAAUUAAUUUGGAAUUGUGAAACAAUAAGCAAAUGAAAUGAAGAUAUUGGCAGAUUGGAUAUUUUAGGGACAAGAAUAAAUAAACUCAUUUAACCAAAGGGAAACUAUGUUUUAGAUUCCAUUAUCCUAAUAUAGAGAGUUCCAUUAACUAGUUACAGAAUUCAAACCCUUCUAGUAUUUGUGGGAAUUAGCAAAUGAAUAUGAAUUUUAAAAGGAAUCAUGGCUUUAUGGUUCAUUUAAAAAUUUGAAUCAUCAACAAAUCCUAUAAAAAUUGACAUAUUAUGUAAAUGAAACAAUGGUCUUAUCGAAUACAUUUAAAGAAAUUACUGAUGAAAAUGGAUAAUCAGUAACAAGAGGUUUUAGAAGAGCUUUAGACGCAUUUAAAGAUAAUUUAUGGGUUGUAGAGACUCUUGCAAUAGAGGCAUUUACAAAGAAGCCAGUCUUGUGGAGAGAACUCUUUAAAGAGUGCAGGAUUUAGAAUUUCGACCCCAAGGAAGAUUUUUCCUUGUAAUCACUAAUCUAAAGAGGAAUUCUCAAUGUUAAGGAAUAGGUUGUACAAUUAUCACAAAAAGUGGAGAAGGGUUGGAAUAUCGAAAAAAGAUUGAAUGAAAUGUAUGAUAAAUUAGUAAUCAUUGAGAUAGAAUUGCAAGAAUUUAGAGAUACAUUCAUUCAGAAAAAUUAUGAAGAAGUUCAAACAUUAUUGGAUGAGUAACUGAAUGUCUUAUCAAUGUUAAAGAGUUAACAGCAUAUAAAAAUGGUGUUGGGGAAAGCAAAUUAAUUGGAAUAUAAGAUUGUAUUGAUUCAGGAUACAUUAGAAUUGGGAAUGAAAUGCUAAAAACAUUGGAUGUAUUUGGAUCCAAUAUUUGCAAGUGAAGAUAUAAAGAGGAAACUAGUGGAAGAGACUGAAUACUUUAAAUUGGUUGAUUAAUCAUAUAGAUAAUAGAUGGCUAUUUUAAAUAAAAAUAAAAUAUUAUGGGAUUCGAUUGAUAAUGAAAAGAUAAAGCAAGAGUUUCAGAAUAAUGUGCAAUUAUUGGAUUCUAUUCAAAAAUCAUUGUCAAAAUAUCUGGAAUAAAAAAGGACCUUAUUUCCAAGAUUCUAUUUUGUGUCAGAUGAAGAACUCAUAGAAAUAUUGGCAUUAGUGAAAGACCCAAGAUUACUACAGAAACAUAUCUUCAAAUGUUUUGAGGGAAUGCAUGAAUUAAAAUUCGAAGGCAAUCAUUCUCUAUUAGGGAUGAUGUCAUCCUAAUAGGAAUUAGUAAUAUUUGACAAGAAGAUAGAAUUGUUGAAAGGAGAGAAGUAAGGAAAUGUUGAGUAAUGGUUGUGUGAGUUGUAAAGAAUAAUGGUUCAAACAUUAAGAACUCAAUUGAAUAAGACAUUGCAAGACUUAAACUCGUAGAAAUAGGAUUAUAUUAGCAAAUGGCCAACAUAAUGCAUAUUAUUAGCUGAUCAUAUAAAAUGGACAAGAAACACUGAAUCAGCAAUAAGGGAAUUAUAGAAAAUGAAUUUGCAUAUCCAUUUGGAAAUCCUGACUAAAUAAUUGUAAGAGACAGUGUAAUUGGUCAGGAAUGAAGAGAGAAUGGUAAUGAAAACAACAUUGGAAGCUAUGGUAGUAAUGGAAGUUCAUUGCAAAGAUAUUGUGCAAUAAUUAAUACAUUAGGAUGUAAAAAGUAUUUAUGAUUUUGCCUGGGUUUCUUAAUUGAGAUAUUAUUUCGAAGAUGAGGGAGUGAAUGUGAGGAUGGUAAACGCAUAAAUUCAAUAUGGGUUUGAAUAUUUAGGGAAGGUUACUAGAUUAGUAAUAACAUCAUUAACUGAUCGGUGCUAAAGAACAUUAUUGAGUGCCAUGCAUUUGAAUUAUGGAGGUGCUCCUGAGGGUCCAGCUGGAACAGGCAAAUCUGAAACUGUGAAAGAUUUAGCAAAGGCAGUUGCUAUGCCUUGUAUUGUAUUCAAUUGUUCUGAUGGUCUCAAUUACAUAGCAAUGGGUAAAUUAAUAAUAGUAUAAAUUAAGGUAAAUUUUUCAAAGGCUUGUCUUCGUCUGGAGCAUGGUGUUGUUUCGAUGAAUUUAAUAGAAUUGAUCCUGAAGUCUUGUCAGUGGUUGCUUAAUAGAUUUUUACAAUAUAGAAGGCAAUCAAAGAAAAAAGAAAUAGAUUUACAUUUGAAGGUGAAGAAAUCAAUUUAAUUCCUACGUGUGCUAUUAACGUAACUAUGAAUCCAGGAUAUGCUGGUCGAUCUGAAUUACCUGAUAAUCUAAAAAUUCUAUUCCGUCCAUGUGCCAUGAUGGUACCAGAUUAUGCAAUGAUCGCAGAAAUCUAUUUAUAUAGUAUUGGUUUUGAGAAGGCAAGAGAGUUAAGUCCCAAGAUUGUGACAUGUUUAAAGUUGUGCAACGAAUAACUGUCUCCUCAAGAACAUUAUGAUUUUGGUAUGAGAGUACUUAAGGCAGUCUUAAGCACAGCCAAAUAAUUGAAUACUGGAUCCGAAGAAGUCAUAUGCUUAACAGCCUUGAUUAAUGUUAACAAACCUAAGUUUACUUAGAGUGAUGUCCAACUAUUCUUGGCUAUAACUCAAGACUUGUUUCCCAGUAUUAACCCAUUAAAUUAAACAUCUCAAAUAUUGGUUGAUUACUGUUGUGAGAACAAUUACCAACCUGACAUAGAUUUUUAAGAGAAAUGCUAAUAAUUGCAUAAUACAAUAUCUGUUAGAAAUGGUGUAAUGUGCAUCGGGAAGACAUUCUCUGGAAAGACAGCAGCGAUUUCAACUCUAGGGAAAUCACUGGGUGCUCAAACACUAAAAUUGAAUCCGAAAGCAGUAACUACUGAUUAAUUGUAUGGGAAACUCGAUCCAGAUACCAAAUAAUGGUCAGAUGGAAUAUUGCCUAUAUUAAUAAGGGAAAACCUCAAUAAACCAACAAAGAUCUGGAUUUGGUUUGAUGGACCUGUAGACUCAUUGUGGAUAGAAAAUUUAAAUACAGUUUUGGAUGACAAUAAAAAGUUGUGUUUGACAUCAGGAGAGAUCUUAAAGAUACCACAGACCAUGUGCAUGUUAUUUGAGGUUGAAGAUUUAUCUGCUGCAUCUCCAGCUACAAUAUCAAGAUGUGGUAUGGUAUACUUCUUAUAAAUUGAUUGGUAAUUGAUUUGAUUAAUGUAAGGUAUUUGUAAGUGCAGAGUAUUUAAUUACCAGGAGGUUUGGAAAAAUAGUAUUUUAUAAGAAGAAUGAGAUUGUAAGUUUUUGUGUUAUCUAAUUUAGUUUGAUAGAUCAUUCCUAUGCAUGGGUGAAGGAAUAUGUAUAAUUUCCUGUAUAUGAUACUAUAAAUUUGAUGGUUUCGAGUUUUAUUUCAUUGUUGGUUUAGUUAUUGAAAUCUCUUUCCGAGAAUCAAUAGAAUAGUAAUAAUUGGGAUAGUUGUUUGAUAUUCGCAUUGGUUUGGUCUAUUGGAGGAUGUUUAGAAGAGAAAGGAAGGUCCUUGUUCAAUGACUUUUUACACAAGUUAUUUAGAACCAAUAAAAGUGGAUUGAAAACUAAUUUUGGAGAUGAUUUGGAAUUGAAAUUAAAUUUUCCAGAGAAAAUAGAGUUCUUUUCUUGUGUGUUUUAGGAUGGACAAUGGAUCAAAUGGACAGAUGUAUUUAUAAUGACUUAAUAGAGCAGUAGUUAACUGAAAAAUUUGAAGUGUAGCCAGGGAUGCAAUUCCAUGAGAUUAUUAUACCUACUGCUGAAUUGAUGAGAAAUGACUAUUUUUGUAAAAUGGGAUUGCAUUUCCUAUUUUGUGGUCCAACAAGCACUGGAAAAUCAUUGUCGAUGAAUAAGUUCUCGAAGUUUCAGAUUACUUGUUCAGGACAAACCACAAGCAAUAGUUUACAACGAUUAAUUGAAACUAAAAUAAAUAAAAGGAGAAGAAAAGGAUACUAUGGAGCUGAAGAAGGACAUAUAAUGAUAUUUGUUGAUGAUCUAAAUAUGCCAUUUAGAGAACCUUAGGGUGCAUAACCAGCAAUUGAAUUAUUGAGACAAUGGAUGGAUUAAGGUGGAUGGUAUGAUUUAGAAAAUAAGGAAUUUAAAUACAUGUGUGACAUCACUUUUCUGAGUGCUAUGUAGCCAGCCAGUGGAGGAAGAGACUAAGUGAGUAAGCGAUAUCUCAGAUAUUUUAAUCUAUUGUACAUAGGGGGAUUCGAUAAUUAAAGCAUCUCAAAUAUAUUAUAAGUUUUUGUUGAGUGGGUAUUCCAAAAGAUACAACCCUCAUAAGAUAUACUAAAGAUGAAGAAUGAUAUAGUAUUUCAUACUAUCUAAGUCUAUGACAAGAUUUAAUUGAGUUUGCUGCCCACUCCUGCUAAGAGUUUGUACAUUUACAAUUUAAGGGAUUUGAUCAAAGUAUUCGAGGGAAUGAGCAAAGUGGCCAGAAUUAACAAUCAAUACAACUUAGUUAAAUUGUGGACUCAUGAAUGUCUGAGAGUGUUCAGUGAUAGAUUGAUAGAUAGUUAUGAUUUGAAGAUCUUUGAAAAUGUACUCAAAGAAUCCACCACUCAAAUUGGUUAUCAAAUAUAAGAUUACAAAAAUCUAAUUUAUGUAUCUUUCUUACAUAAUGCUUACGAUGAUGCAGGUAAUGUCGUAAAUGUUAAACUAAAAUUGCAACAAGUUCUUGAAGAAUAUAACUAAAUGAAUCAAUAACAUGCAUUGAGUCUCAUCUUAUUUAACAAUGCUGUCCUGCACAUCUCCAGAAUUGCUAGAAUAUUGUUAGCCAUCCAAGGCCAUGCUCUAUUGGUUGGCAUGGGUGGAACUGGAAGAAGUAUUCUCUAUAUUAUUAUUAUUAUUCAGCCUCUCUCUCCAAAUUAGCCAAUUAUAUCAUUUUCAGUGAACAUGUCCAAACAGUCGAUCCAAGAUAAUGGGAUGAUUAGCUUUUAGGUAUUUUGAAACACAUAGGUUUGGACGAUCACAAGUCUACUAUUAUAUUCAACGAUUCCCAAUUUCAGACUGAAUCCAUGUUGGAAGAUGUGUGUAACAUUAUGAGUCAUGGAGAAGUACCACAUCUAUUCCCUCCUGAAGAACGAAUUAAAAUACAAGAAGAAAUGACUUAUCCAAAAUUUGUUUUGAAUUGCAAACUAAAUACUCAUGUCAUACUAUGCAUGCAACCAGUAGGUACCCAAUUUAGAAAACGCUUAAGGAUGUUCCCUACUAUCAUCAAUUGCUCUACCAUUGAUUGGUUUAUGAGUUGGCCUGAUGAAGCAUUAGAAUCCACUGCUAGCUAAUUCCUACCUUAAAAUCUAGUCAAAAUUGCUGUAGAUAUUCAUCACAAAGUCCUAGAAAUCAAAGAAAGAUUCACUUAAGAACUUAGAAGGCACUUUUAUGUAACACCCACCCAAUAUUUGUAAUUAUUGGCAACUUUUAAGAAGAUUCACACUGAAAAAAAUGAAAAUUCAAGAAUUUCUAUUGAUAAAUUUGAAACUGGGGUUGAGAAAAUCAUUUAAACUGAAAAGGAAGUAGAUAAAAUAAGAAAAGUACUAUUUGAAUUACAACCAAAACUGGAAAAAGCUACAGUUGAAAAUCUUGAAUUACUAAAAAAUAUCUAAAAGAAAUAAUAAGAAGCUGAUUAAACUAGAAUGGUUUGUGAAUUUGAUGAAUAAUAAUGCAGCUUGAAAAGAGAGGAAGCCAAUUAAUUAAAAGACAUCUGCUAAAAGUAACUAGACAAUGUGCUUCCUCUGUUAUCCAAAGCAACUGAGGCUCUUGAGAAAAUCACUAAAGAUGAUAUGAUCUUAUUAAAGUCGUUUCAAAAGCCUCCACCAUCUGCUGCUGUUGUUAUGCAAGGAUUGUGUUAUGCCUUCCAAGAAGAUGAGAAAGUUAAAGGCAAAAAUAAUGGCAAAGAACCACCACAAAUGGAAGACUUUUGGGAAUAUUCCAAAAAAUAUGUUUUAAAUGAAAAAUUAAUUAAGAGAAUUAAAAAAAUGAAAAUUGAAGAAAUUAGAGCUAUUCAUCCUACUAAAAUUCAAAAAUUAUCAGUUUUCAUUUAAAAUCCUUUAUUUGAAAGAGAAAAAGUAUUUAAUGCUUCAAUGGCAGCUGGCAAUCUUGCUGAUUGGAUUAGAGCUGUCUAUUCAACUUAUGAAGCUGUUGAAAUUAUUGAACCAAAGAAAGCAUAAUUAGUUGAGGCUGAGAAAAAUCUUAAGUUGGCUGAAGAAUAAGUUGAAAUCAAAAGAUAAGCAUUAGCUGAAGCUAUGCUUGUUUUGAGUGUAUUAUCAGUUGAGUACUAAAAGGCUAGAAAAGAAAAAGAAGAAAUCGAAAAGAAGGUUUCACAAAUUUAGGCUCAAUUAAAUAGAGCUGAAAAGUUAACCAAUGGAUUAGGUGAGGAGAAACAAAGGUGGAAAAGAAAAGUCAUAGCCUAUAAAUCAGAAUAAUCAAAUGCUGAUGGCGACUGCUUAAUCAGUGCUGCCAUUAUAUCCUAUUUAGGUGUGUUCCCAAUCUAGUAUAGAGAAUAGUGUCUACAAUUUUGGAAAUUAAAAUUAAAGCAAAAUUAAGUGAACUUCUCUGAUGAUUACUCAUUGUAGGCUUAAUUAUGCGAUCCAAUUCAAAUAAACAAGUGGAUUCAAUAAAAAUUACCCAAUGAUUCCUUUUCUAUUGAUAAUGCUAUCAUAUUAAAAUAAUCAACUAGAUGGCCACUCAUGAUUGACCCAUAAUUGUAAGCUAACGAGUGGAUCAAAAAUAUGGAAGAUAUUAAAGUAUUACUAAUACUUAAUUCUACAUAACCACCUCAAUAAGUCUAAUUAUAAUUAGAACAUGCCAUCUAAAUUGGCUAUCCUGUCUUACUUGAAAAUCUAGGAUAAAGUAUUGACCCUCUCUAUGAACCUAUUCUAUAGUAAAAAAUUAUUAGAAAGCAAAAUAAAUGUUCCAUCAAGUUUGGUGAAAAAUUAAUUGAAUAUUCCAACGAUUUUAGAUUUUACAUGACCACUAAACUUAAUAAUCCUCAUUUCCAACCUCAAGUAUGUGUUAUGGUGAAUAUGUUGAUGUUUCAAGUAACAUAGGAGGGAUUAGUAGAUUAACUAUUAAAUAUAGUUGUUAAAAUUGACGAACCACAGAAAGAAGAAUAACGCAUUAAAAAUAUUCAAUCCAAUUUUAUUAAUAAGAAUAAACUCAUUUAAACUGAGACUUUAAUUUUAAAAUUACUCUCUGAAUCAAAAGGAGAAUUAUUAGAAAAUGAAGAUCUUAUUUAAACACUCUAAAAAUCUAAAGAUGAGAGUCUUUCAAUUGAAGAAAAAUUAAAGGGCUUAGAAUAUGAUAGAGUAAAUUUCAAUUAAAUAAGAUAAUUUUAUAAGCCUGCUGCAGAAAAAGUAGCAAGUUUAUAUUUUAUUUUGAAUGAUCUUGCUGUCAUUGAACACACAUAUCUUUGGUCUCUUGAUUUCUAUUUCUCACUCUACACAAAAUCAAUAAAAGAGGCACAAUAUGAAAAGUCUAAGAGAAAUUAAAACAUUAUUGAGAAGUUCAUUUUAACCCUUUAUACAUAAAUUAAUAGGUCUUUGUUAGAGAAAGACAAAUUAAUAUUUCGAUUUUUAUUGUGUGUCAAAAUGAUGAAUGUUCCUACAGAUCUUAUACGAGCCACUGUUAUGGGUUGCACCCUUACAUCAACUGAUAUUUAAAUGCCCAAAGGAUUUCCUUGGUUAACGAGUAAAAUGUGGUUAGAACUUGUCGAUUUAACAAUUUAAUUUCCAUAAAUAUUUGAGACUAUUUGUUCAGAAUUUGUUGAGUAGAAGACUUUUUGGGAUAGUUUCUAUUAAAGUCAAACCUGUUAUAAGAUGCAAUAUAAAGAAUUGGAUUAAUAUUAGGUAAAUAUGCUCAUCAAGAUCAUUAAACCUGAGUAGUUUAUAUAGGCUACAAAUGAGAUGAUACGAAAAUAAAUCGGAAGUGCAUUUUUAGAGAAUAUUCCAACUACUUUUGAACAAUUCUAUUUAAAAUCUGAUAACAAAAUACCAUUGUUGUGCUUGAUUACUCCAGGAGCAGAUCCUAGAUAAGAAAUCAUCAAAUUGGCUUCGAAGUAUGAAUUUGAAGAUAAAUUCAAUCAAAUUUCAUUAGGUUAAGGAUAAAGUCAAUUAGCUAUAAAAAUGAUUCUCAGCGCGAUGUCUUAAGGUUCAUGGGUUUUACUGUAAAACUGCCAUCUAGCAUCUUCUUUCAUGCCAGAUUUAGAAUAGCUGUUUGAGACCCAAUAUAAGAAAGAAAUAAAUGCUGAUUUUCGAUUGUGGCUCACUUCUUAGCCAACUUCAAUAUUACCUCAUAAUGUUAUAUUAAAAUGUAUAUAUGAACAAUAAUUUUAGCUUUAAAAAUAACUUAUGAAUUACCAAGAGGAUUGAAAAAUAAUAUGCUAAGAUCUUACUAAACAUUGGACACUGAUAAAUUCGAAUAAUGCAAAAAGUUAAAAGAAUGGAAAAAUCUAUUUUUUUCACUUUCUCUUUUACAUGCUUGUUUAUUAGAAAGAAAAAAGUAUGGUCCAUUAGGAUGGAAUAUUGGUUACAAUUUUUCAUAGCAUGAUUUGGAAAUUUCAAAAGAACAAAUAUUAUUCUUUUUAGAUCAAUAUUCUGAAAUCCCUUGGGAUGCUCUCCAUUAUCUAAUAGCAGAAAACAAUUACGGAGGUAGAGUAACAGACCCAAUGGAUAGAAAACUCUUGAAAAUCUAUGUAGAAGACUUAGUGAAUCAGAAGACAAUAUCUCAAGAUUAUAUAUUCUAUGACAUUUAUUAAACACCACCUUAGAUGAAUCUAAAAGGUUAUAUCGAUCACAUAUCAUAAUUGCCUUUGAAUGACCCUCCUUAACUAUUUGGUUUACACGCAAAUGCAGAGAUAUAUUCAGCAAUAUUAGAAACUGAGAAUUUAAGUUCAGUGAUACUAUAAUUAUUGCCUAGAACUUAAGGAGAUUCUGCUCAAAAACAUACAGAUAGUUUAGUUUGCAAAAAAAGCUAAGAAAUUCUUAAAAAUUUACCACCGUAAUUCAACAUUGAUGAGGUACAAUAACUCUUUCCAUUAACAUUGGAUAAUCCUUUGAAUGCUGUCAUCUAAUAAGAAAUUACUAAAUAUAAUAGACUCUUAGCAAAAAUAUAAGAUUCUUUAAGUGUGCUUGUUUAGGGUUUAGAUGGAUUCAUUAAUAUUUCUGAUCAAUCGUUAGAGAUAUACAAUUCGGUUUUUGAUAAUAAGAUCCCUGAAUAAUGGUUAGCAUUAUCUUAUUUAACAACGAAAUCUUUGGGUUCUUGGGUGACAGAUCUAAAACAGAGAAUUGAAUUUCUAAAUAAAUGGAUUACAAAAGGACAACCUAGAGUUUUUUGGUUAGGUGGACUAUUCUUUAUAUAAGGGUUCUUAACAGCAAUUCUUUAACAAUACUCAAGAAAAUCUAAAAUUCCAAUUGAUCAGUUGAGAUUUGACUUUAAAUUUCAUCAAGAUGAACCAACAGUAAGUGGAAAUGAAGUAUAUGCAAACGGGAUUUCUAUUGAUGGAGCGUCUUUUGAUUUUCAGGAAUCAACCUUAACUGAGCCUUCAAGCAGCAUUUUAUUUUAUCCAUGUCCUAUCAUAUAAUUUUGUCCUACCUAAGAAAUCGUCAAAACCUAUAAGUAUUAUUCAUGUCCACUCUACAACACUUCCCAAAGAAAAGGAGUGUUAACAUCAAAUGGACUAUCAGUCAAUUUUAUCUGUAAAAUUAAAGUACCAAUAAAUAACAAUAAAGAGCAUUGGUCUAAGAGAGGAGUGGCUUUGAUUAUUCAAGCUAAUUGAAG